UUGUGUUGCGUCUGUGCUGUGCGGGGAAAAUAUGCUCGCGAAAUGGGAAUUAAACUGCUGAUCCUUCUGGGCCUUUUGAUCGGAGUGCUGUAUGGUCUGCACAUCCUAGCACAGGACUACCAAGCAAUCACCGCGCCGAAACUACUGCGAUUGCUAUUCAAGAGGGAUCUAAGUACAAUCACGAAUUACAAGGCUACAGUAAGAUGGAGGAAAAUAUUGCAAUAUGAUGCAAUACAAUGCGCGCGACUGCUCUAUUGUGAUCUCGGAGCACAUUUGCCGGACAAUGAAUUCCGACGAGGUUUCACGUACAUGCUCGCGGUAGAUACCAAAAAGGAGGAUAAAGCUGCACUGGAGGAAUUCAAGACGGCGUACUUUCAUGGGAGAGCGCUCCACGAUAAUCCUGAGCUAUGCAGUGAGGAAUAUCCGACUUGCCCGUUUAAAGCGGCGCUGUUAUUCGACUUGCUGCACUAUUUGUUGCAUAGAAAGCUUUGAAGAUAAACGACUCUUAGUCACACGAGCGUGUUGCUCAUCUGACUCACGAGUACUUUAUCAACAUUAUUAAUAGCACCAGGAUUUCUUUCAUAGCUUAACAAUUUAUAAUUACAGUUUUAUAUUACAUACCUUCAUAGCCUCAAAAUAAUGAAUAUAAUUCUGAUUCAAAAGCGUCAAUAGUGCUAAUUUGCUAGCGAAGCCGAUAAUAGCCGGAAUGUGAUAUUUUAAUCAAUUUUGAUGACAACCGUGACUGUGGCCAACAUGUAAAAAUGCCUCCUGGCCUUGACUUAGGGUUAGGUUGGGUAUUUGGGAAUUAUUGGAUUAGGUUUAAUUAGGGUUAAGUCAGUAUUAGGGUAUCGGAAUAAGGUUUUUACGCACCCAUUAGCGUGAAUGAUACCCACGUCUGGAUGAAAUAUGGACCCCGUUUUCGCCAGUGAAGAUGUGCAGAUAUUGUAUAUUCUUUUUUAUUGGGGUAUCAACAGGCUGCGGAUUAAUAAUUAUAAAACUAAAGAUACAAACUUUCUUUAUGCAUUGUUCUAGUAUAGGUUUUCACUUAUUAGGUUAUAUUUAUUAUAGUGGGAUAAACAUAUUUGCCAGUUCUUGGAACCGGCCCACCAAGCCAGCAUAGUGAAAUUUGUUUAAUCUAACUUAUACAUUGGUAAGAUCGCAAAGCAACGCACUGCUGACUUGUUAAAAACUUAGUAAAACUAUUUAAAACUAUUAAAAGACCUAGCUUAGCUCUAGACGAAAGAUAUAUUGCUGGCUCUCGCUGAAAAUCUAUAUUAAGGCUGAGUUUUAAACGAAGCAAAAUGGAGCGAAAUUGUGCAGGAAUAAAUAAAAUCUACAAAUCUGAACGGUAUAAAUCAUUUUACCGCUAAGUUUUUAUUCUAAGCAACAAUAUCAUCUAAUCAAAAAAAUUAAAAUUCAUCAUUUCUACCCAAUACCGGUCCAUUACAGGGCAAGUGUCUUCUCCCAUAACGGGAAAAGUUUAGGCCGUAUUCCACCACGCUGACCCAUUGUGGAUUGGU